GUACCGGCUUCAGGUUGGGAGGAAAAGGCUCUGAGGUGGUGGAGCCCAAGCUGUGAGCCAAAACCACCGGGUCAUCUAGAACAUGGCCGUGAACUGAGCGCCACGUUCAGUUUUUCCUCAAGCACCUCCCGUCACGGUGACUCCAUGACCUCCCAGGGCGGCCCGUUCCCAUGUCUGAUUAAUCGUUCUAUGGGGGAAUUACUCGUCAUGUCCGACCUGAAGCUCCCCUGGCGCAGCUUGACGCCGUUUCCUCUCCUAUCCCUCGUUGCCGGGAGCAGAUCCCGUCCCCUCACGGCCGCAUCCUCCUGUCAGGGAGUUGUGGAAGGACAGAAGGUCCUCCCUGAGCCUUCUUUUCUCCAGGCCGAACCCCUCAGCUCCCUCAGCCGCUCCUCAUCACACUUGUGCUCCAGACCCUUCCCCAGCUCCCUUGCUGAGGGUGGGAGGGCAGCAAGAGCCCUGGCCCAGGGCCCUCAUCUGGGACUGGUGCCGCAGGUGUGUGCUGGCUGCUUUGCUCAGGCCUGCACCAUCUCACCUGGGGCCUUCAGUCGGGGAAAAGCAUCCAGGAGGAGUGGCUGGGAUGCUCCAGGCUGGCAGUCAGCGGAGAGCUGGACAUGGUUCAGAAGUUGGAAUGUCGUGGAAAUACAUACAAGAGAGAAGGAAUUUCUAGUUGUACAUUACAUUACAAAGAGAGAGAAAAGAAAACAUGCAGAAGGAGGGAAAAACAAAGAAGCCUCAGUGGAAACGGAAGAUCAUGGACUGUGGAACAUUAAGCACUCCUGUGAGGGAGAAGGAAAUAUUUAGCCUGAGCUGAUCACGCAGAAAAAGAAAACAGCAAAGGGAACGGCAUUUCUAGGAGGCACCAGUGGGAGGAGCUGGAUCGCAGGGUGAAGUAUCACUUCACUCACUCACAGUUCCCACGGCCAGGCUGGUCCUGCUGACAUAUGUGCCCACCUGGUACAGUCUCAAUGCCAAACAAAAGGCUGCUGCACUCCAAACACGGGGAUGUGUCUGCCACAUGAAGUGCAAAAUUCAGGAAGCCAAAGGGCCAGCCAAGUGCCAAAGAUGGACUGCAAGGUAACAACAGAAAGAAAAGCCCAGGGUGCUCAUAAUGAGAGGAGCUUAUGCCCACAGCUGAACUAAGCCUUACAUUUCCUCCCAUCAUGGGAUCUCCAUUCUGUCCUCCUCCAGCAAUUUCAGUUUCACAGUACUCAGGAAUAGUAUUUCUCAUGCCUGAGAUGCACAGAAGCCCCAAACCAGUCAGUGUUCCAGUCAGUUCAACACUGCACACCCAGCACUGCUGUGCCCAGGUCUGGUGAGGACUUCACUCCUACAUUUACAGGAGGUUCUCCUACACUAAAACCUCAUGGGUUUAUGUUUCAGAGAUAAAAAACUUGUAGACUGGCAGGAAAGAAGCAGCUCUUGCAUCUGGCUGUAAAGACAGUCAAAAUAUUCCAUAGGAAAAGAAAAUAUGAGCAAUGGGAGCUAUUAAAAUUGCUGUCCAUUCCUGGAAACUUGUGACAUGGACCAAUUUCCAGCCUUCCUUCCUUCACUGCCAUAAUGUA